UAGAGAUUUUAAGGAAUAGAGAUUUUGAGGGGAUACGAAAAGUUUUUCUCUUCACUUGCAGUCACAUGAAACUUUUUUUUCUUGCACUUUUAUUUUCUCGCUUAAACACUUGUGGCGCGCAUAUUUAUUUAAGACUUUUUUUUUUGUACUCAAAAGCUUAUGUUAGCUAAAACAAAAUUAGUUGGCUGUUUUUAAAAGAAAUUUUUCUUUCCUCUUUCCACGCGAUUUAUGACAACAAAUAAAAACAAAUUGAUUUUUAGCGGUUUUAUUAAUUUUUUGUGUGGAUUUUGUGGAUUUGCGCGAUUUUUUUCUUCUUUAUUUAUUGUUUUUCUUAAAAAAUAAUUUCCACUUCAACUCAUUUUUCUUUGUAUUUCUUUCACUCUUUACUUGUUUCACUCCCGAUUUUUUUAUUUAUAUUUAUUUUAUUUUUUUCCACUGCACUGACCAUAGCAACACAACUUACUUUUAAAAAAUCCCUUUAUUGUUUUUUAGUUAGCUUCUCAUAUUAGCUUCUCAUGAAGCUAAAACAAUUAUCCCUUUCUUUUAUUGUUUUUGAGUUGAUUUUUGUGUUUAUUUUAUUUUUCCCACUCUUUUUUAAAAAAACCCAAGGAUAUGUACACAAUUAACAAUUUUUAUUUCCUUCUCGUUUUUCUUUUCAGAUCAAAGACAAAAAUCCCGAAAACACACAAAAAGAGGAGGAUAUAUAUUUGUGUGUGGUUAAAAUCUACUCCAUAUUUUUUAUUUAAAAAAGAAAUUAAUUUAGCUUAAAAAAUAAGAAAAAUUGUGAGAAAGAAAGAAAGCUUUUUAAUAGUUGUUUUUAAACAAUUGAGCUUUAAAUUAAUGAAAAAUUUAUUUUUAUAUAAUUAAGCUCAGUUGUUUUUAAAAAUACAUACCUAUAAAAGACAAAACAUUUGAUUCCAGACCUGCCCGUGGAUACGGAUAUAGAUACAGAUAAUGUCAAAAUGCCUACGAAUAUCCGAUGCGGAUACGGAUACCAAGAUUGGUAUCCGUGACCAGGUCUGUUUGCUUCUAAUAUA